GGUGGCAGCCGUGCCCGGAGCGCCUGUGGCUCCCCAGGGCCGCAGCCGCUCGCGCCGCGCGCCGCGCGGAUAUGCGCCUCCCGGGCAGGGGCGCCCGCCCGGCUGCGGCCGGGGAGCCCUCGCCGACGGCAGAGCAGGACGACGCGACGCCAUGGAAAGACAGCUGGCCAGUCGAGAACGGCCUGGCCGCGCUCAGGCCGCCCAGCAAGCUCAGCAAGAGGACGGCGAUCGACGAGGUGAGCACGGGGGCCGUGUGCUCAGAGUUGCACACGGGCCCGCGGACGCACAAGGCCAUCAAGAGGAUGGAGGCUGCGCACAAUAACGUCGCGGAAGACGACCCGGAUGACCCGUGGCACAUUGAGCGCCGCUUCUGGAAGGCCCAAAGAAAGUUGAACGUGUACAACAAUAAGAUGAACUACCGCUUGACCCACGACCCAGACAACGAGCCCAUUCUGCCAGUGCCGAUGGAUCCCCACGGCAGCGCCAGCGGUUCCAAGACCUUCCAGACGUCGCCGCUGGCCUUGACCAACAACACCAGGCAAGAGCGGGCGACUGCCAGCACGGGCGCGCUGCCGAGGGGCUGGAGGCCGCAGGACCAAGAGGCUCUCGGCAGGAAGGUCGCGCGGGCCAUCGACCGGAUGGUCAAGCCCUCUGGCCAGUCGCGCUUCGAAGAGGCCCAGAAAAGACUAGACGGGGUCAGCCGACGGGAAGGCCCGCGGUUCGCCGGCUCGAACGCAGACCAGAUGAUCAAGGCCUGGAGCGCUGAAAGGUGCAUCCGACAUAGGCAGGAAAAGUUCGUUGACCUCCGGGACGGGCUCACCCUCCGGCAGUGCCUGCGCAUCGACGACGACGUCAGCAUAGAAGAGAUCAUCCGGCGUUCGGACGGGGAGCUGGCGGCGACCACUGUCCACGGCUGGAUGUCGCAUACGGACAUCCAAAAGACUGCCCUGGCCCCCGAGAAACUCAAAGAACGCAUGUACCAGCGGUAUUCCGUUGAUUCAGAGGUUGUGCCGGAGACGUCCUUGGCGCGUCAGCAGGUCGACAGAAAAAAGUCGACGGAUAGCCCACCCGUGACGCAUUCCACGCUCAUUCAGCGGGCCAACUCGCGCUAUUCGAUCAAGGAGACAGAGAGGCAGAAGAAAGAGGAGAGGGAGGCAACAGAGGUGUCGUUCGAGCAGGCGGUCGACAAGUUUGACGAGUGGCUCGACAGGCACCUUCGCAAGCCCAGCUAGGAGCGACAGGUGGAGCGGCGGUGAGUGCGAGGCCUGACAGAGUCGCUGUUCAGUGGCAUUGGUGAUAUUUGGUGCAGAGCCUUCGUACCUUCUGCCCUCCCGGAUCCCACACCCAUCAUGGCUCCCAUCUGCCCCUCCCCUCCGGCUGCUCCCCCCGUGUCGCUCGAACGAGCGCCCACCUUGUGCCCAGAGUCUGAAACGCCACCAGGUGAGCGCGGGCACUGCCAAGCAGGGCCCAGAGCGCGGACUCGCGGGCGUCGCGGGCGUGCGAGGAGGAGACGCAGUGCCCCCGAAAGUACAGUUCAGCCACGCGCAGUUCGUGUUGCCGUCUCUUCUUGUGCGCUUCCCAGCAAGGACUGCCCAGGGGGCUUC